AUGGCAGACACACCUCUGCGCGGGACUGGAGUGCGCUAUGCACCCACACCCCUCCAUCCUACAGCGCGAGGUAACAUUCGAACGAACUUUAAGAGCUUUCACGAGGUCGCAACCAUCGUCGUCGGCGGACAGCACGCGCCAGACUCAUUAGCACGUGGCCAAGGACAAACAACCUACACAAUCCACAAAGACCUUCUGACAGCCGAGUCACCGUUCUUCUCGGCCGCCCUCAAUGGCGCAUUUGCGGAGGGUCUUGACCAAACCGUGCAUCUUCCCGAGGAGAAGCCAGAGAUCUUCGAAUGGUUCUUGUGGUGGCUGUACACGGGUUCGCUUACCACGCCUACAUCUACGAACUGCCAUGUUGAACCAAGACAUCAUCGGUUACGUGCCAUGGAUGCAAUGACUGGGUUCCCAGGUCCAGGACUGCCACAGCACGUCACGCAUACAGAUGGCGACCUGCGCAAUCCAGCCGGCUCUCCCAAGUAUUUCCUACUACUCGACCUGUAUGCGCUCUCGGACAAGCUGAUGACAACCACACUCUGCAAUCACAUCGUCGACACGAUCGCACGACUGUCAGAAAGUACCAACUCCGUACCUACCCCAUCAGACACAUGGAUCCUUUACGAUACGAUCCGUGACAAUGCCCCCAUGCGCAAGCUAAUUCUCGAUCUGUUCGCGUACAAGAAAACAGACAAGUUGCUCGAGAGCCACAAAGACGAAUGGCACCCGCGCUUUCUCCGAGAACUGGUCGUCAAGCUCAAGCGACCUGGCCUUGAAUCGCUAGACAGACACUCAUUGGCACCAUGGCGCCCCAUCAGCUGGCAGAAGACGAAGGCUUGUGAAGUUUGCAGGGAGAUACUCACACCCAACAUCAGCUGCGAGAAAUGCGAGAUUUGCGAAAGAGCCUUCUGCUGUGGAUGUGCUGGUGCUGGCAGAACGCCUGCCCUAGGANNGGGGGAUGUGGGGGCUUGCAAGCCGUGGCUGAAGGGUAUGUGUUCGAGAUACCACGAGCAUGGGCCUAGCGAGGAUGAGAUGAAGAGAUGCGGAUAG